AAAUAUCAAUACAUCCAACCCUUCAUAGCACAUGAUUUUAACAUUAAGGACCAACAUGCAACAUCUGUGCAAAAUAGUGUUUAUUCUUGGUUGCCUCAAAAUCUCUUUAGCUCAAACCAACCAAGGAUUACAGUGCUAUGAAUGCCAAGAUGUCCAAGGAUCUGGAAGUUGUAGUCGUGGUUACCAGAGUUAUUGCCCUAAAGAGAUGAAUGUCUGCUCUAUCAAUGAAGUUGCUGAUACCCUUCUAAAGAGCUGUGAUAUUAAGCCUGCUGGGACAGUUCUUGGCUGUUUUGGUUUUGAGGGGGUGAGAAUGUGUUAUUGCGAUACGGAUCAUUGUAAUAAGGAUUUUGAGAGAGCUGCUAGAAAUUCCAACCAUUCUACUACAGAAGUGGAGAGCAAUUCUAAUAAUAUCCCUGCUGCCUCUACCUUUCUUCUCCUGCUGAUGAUUCACUUGUAAAUUAAAAUAAACUUAAUUAUCUGUGUUGUCAAAUUUAAAAUAUUUGUUUACACUUUUUA